GUUAACUAUUGGUUCGUUGUGCCUCAUUCGUGUCCAAACAGCUUAAGGAAUGUCCGCCGGCAGCAAUAUUAGGUAUUACGACUGUUUGAAAUCUUCUAUUCCUUCUUUCCUGUGAUUUUCUGAGUAAAAUGAAUAAUAAUGUCCAUGGCUAUAAUGAGGGGUGAACGAAGGAGGGUUGAGUUGUCAACACUAUGAGAUGCAACCUUUGGACACUAGUUCCGAUAGUCACCGCCCUUCUGCUCGGAACGCCACCGUCUAGCCCCGCCGCCGGCACCUCCUCAGCUCUGUCCAAGACCAACAAAUUUGAACCUUCUUGUGUCUUCCCUGAAAAAUGGCAGGGAUAUUGGUUUCAAUCUGGAGUAAGGCAGUCCAUACAGAUUCAUUUGAACAAGUUCUCGACAAAAGGAAAAUGUGUCGCUUCAGAUGGAGACAAGUUCUUAAUUGUCGAGGAGAAAAGUAAUUGUCACCGAUGUGUCGUCAUACAUGAAAAACAUGAUAAUGUGCUUCAGUACAAAGAGACCUAUUGCACUCGGAUGGAAUCCCUCUAUUCCCUGUGCUCCCACAUCACUGGUGAUGCUCUUCUCUACUCAAUGUUUAGGGUAAAUGCGGUCCCUCUCAACUGUCCAUUCUCUGGAUAUCACACCUUCUCUUAUGACCGAGGUCAUGGGGAAUGUACCACUCCUGCUUCUACAAUGGAAUCUUGUACCCAAGAAAGCAGGCUGAUUCUUAGGUAUCAAGCCUGCCCUGAUGUGUAUGGCAGUGAAAGUGCAGUUGAGGAACUGCAGUGUUUGGCCACUUGGAAGGAGGGGUCCUCUCGUUACCUGGUGGGCAAGAUGGAACAUCUACAUGUCUCAUCGAAUGAAGACAGGUAUCGGUGCUUUGUGUACGAGAAAGCAGGAGGUGGCAUCGGAAGUGGGUCUGAUUCUGAAGUGGUCUAUCGUGUUGCCCAAAGUGGCGACGCCACCUGCAAUGGACUUUUCUCCCCCAUGGAGGGCAGCAGAACCAUGACUCUUCGUAGAGCAAAUCCCCCUCGAUGUAAGUUCCCAGCUUGGAUGACUACAACUGCCCACUGGCAUUCUCUCGAUUACAAAUCAACAUACAGCCUUCACCAUCGAAAUACAUCCUUGAAGGUUUCUCAAUCAGGAGAUAGUGUUUUGGGUGAUGAUUCCAGGCUCCAUUGCUCAGAAGUUAAAGCUGCUUCCUCGGAAUCAGCAACUAUUAUUGUACACUUCACUACAGGAUGCCAGAGUGGUUUCAUGUGCAUGGUAUUCUAUCGAAGAGAUCAGCAUGUCAUUGAACUUCAGUCUGGAAUGAAAACAAGAAGGCCAGAAGAAGCAUGUACUCAAAGUAAUUUUGAUAGAACGAAAGCUCCAUUUGUUACUUUAGUCACAAGCAACCCUGAACAGCACAAGUGCCCUCAAGUGGGACGCUUCUCAGUGACUGGAAUGAUAAGGAGAGAUAGAGAGAAGAGAAACAGUGAUGAUGAAGUUGGGACAGAUCUACGAGGUGAAGGGUGUUCCCUAGAAUUCCGUUCUGUUGCAGUUGGCUGUGGGGAAGAUGAGACAAUGGAGUUUCGCUCACAUUGUUCUUCUCCAGCAACUAACGUUAUAUCAGUUUAUAAUUGCCAUGCUGGAUGGUCCGAGAAUGGAACCCACUACCUGAUUACAACACCUAAUUCACGUUCCUCGGCUGGGGCUAAGCGUUACUGCUUCAUAUACACCCCUGGAAUUGGAGGAACUUAUCAUUUCAGCACUAGCCCUGUAACCUGCAGCCGUGCAGUGCGCCCAGGAAUCACUGGCGCCCUUGCCUUUAAUAUCACUCACCAAGGAUUGUGUGCUGAAGUUACAAACAGAGCUGUUCUACAUGUUUCUUCAUUCUACCUCAUAGUGAUUCUAUCAUUGUUUGUAUCCAAAUUGAUUCUUUACAGAUGAUUUUAACACCCAUGUAAAAUAGGCAUUUAAAAUUUUAAUAGUUAGGCAAAUUUUUGUGGAAGGACAUCGGUUAAUGUCCCAACACUACCUUUUUCUAUGUACAUAGCUAUUAAUGAAAAUGAAAAAAAAUAAAAAAAAGAUAUAUCUAUAAAUAAGUAACUACUAAGCAUAAAUGUGUAAAUUUAAUUUUUAAAUAUAAAUUAUAAAUAAUUGUUUUUUGGAAAGAAAAAGUUGGAGGUAAUACUUUUCUCCGAUAUAUUUCUUUCUCUUGCACCUUCAAUAUUAAAUUUUAUUUUUGAAUUAUAUAGUAAUGUACUGAAAAUAUAUAUCUGAAUAGAUUAAGAUCAGAUCAUACCUGUACUAAUUUUAUAAUCACAGCAAUAAAUAAUUGAGGCAAUGAACGAAAUCUUGUGAUAGCCUGGAUCUUUGAGAUUCAUUGAGAGUGAGAGUUUUAUGUAGUUUGUGUAAGAGAAGUGAUUAACAAUCAUGCACUGCAAAUAUAACAAUUGCACUCAUUGUUCAUUAAAGACCAAUUAGAAAAUGGAAUAAUUCUUUUCUUUAAUUUUCGUUUAUUACUUUUUAAUUUAUUUAGAAAUUAAUUAAUCUUUCAUUAGAAAAUUUUUCUUGUUAAUAAUAUUGUCCCAGUUGGUGCAAUAACAUGGAAAUUAUUAUGGAAGUGAUAAACCACAUGCAUUUUGUUAGUGAAAAUUAUGACAUUGCAUAAAUGGUAUAAUAGAAAAAACUUUUCAUUAGUAUUAUUAUUCAUAGUAAUAAUAUAAAGGUUGAGCUGUACGCAGCUAUGCACUGUGAUAUUGGAUAUUGUUACAUUUCUGGCUGACUUACAGCUAAAUAUGCAUUACUAUUAAGCAAUACUAUCAAUAUCAAGAAAUAUGGUUACAGAAAGAAGUCAAAUUUUGAUCAGUGGUCUUAAAAUUAACAGCUCAUUUAAAAAUAAUGAAAUUAAAUUUUUUGUUAAAAAUCACUCCAAAAUUUGAUUGAAAAAAAAGUUAUGUGAUAGCUGAUUUAGUUUAAUUGACUACUUUAAUGAAUUUUUAAAAAUUUCUUUUGAUGGAAGAUUGUUGAAGGUUCCUGUUACUGAAAUUCACAAUAUUAAAUUACUGAAAUUUAGUUAAAUUGUACUGAUCUUAAUUAAGGGUUUGGGUUAAAAGAAGAUUGUUAUUCGGAAAAAAAAACUGUUACUGUUUUGAUUAAUGACCUUCUUAAUAUGUUGUGUAUUUUUUAGUAAAUUUUAAAUAAGGAUAAGAUAAUCAAACAGAGCCCACAUAAUUUAUAGUUGAUCUGUGAUAGAAGGUAUAAUUUAUCGGGACUGUUGUUUGGGUUAAAAAGAUAAUAUUAGAAAGCUAUCAGUUUAUGUUUGUUUCAUUUUUUGUGUAUGGUUUAAAAUAUAAUAAUAAAUGAAUUAUAGUAAAUUUAAGGUUAUGAUAUUUUAAUUUAAGAAGUGCUUCCUUGAUUUGCGAAUGUCAUUGCACCAAAUAGGUUGUAAUGGAAUUAUAGACUUCCUCUUGACUGACAGAGUAGGGCUAUAUUGUAUAAUAUACAUGAUAUAAUUCCAUCAAUUUACUUUUACAGUUAUUCCUGAUUAAUUGUGGGCAUUAAAUAAAAAUUAAGUCAUGUUAGGAA